AUGUUCACAGGAUGUUCACAGGACAGUCUUCCAUCUUUACCAAUUUUACCAGCCGAUGACAAUGUUUACAUAGAAUAUUUAGAUCAAAACGAAUUUGAUUAUAGUCAAAAUCAAGAUGAGGAUGAGGAGACUGAAUAUGAGCUGGCCUCUGAAGAACAAUCUCUAACCCCAGUUGAAUCUUCAGAACAACCAAAUCGGAAAAGACCAUUUAAUAAGGAAACCGUCGUUUAUUUAAUUAAUGAUGGUCAAAACCCGAACCCCAUAACCUCAACAUCCUCCACCCUUACAGAGUUAGCCAAUAGUGACUGCGGGUUGAAUUCAUCUUUUUUAAGUUUUGUCGGUAAUAUCAGCGAUUGCAAUUUAUUAAAUAUAUUGGAAGCCGAUGCGAUUGGAAAGGCAAUCUUAAAAAAAUAUGAUAAUUGCAAGACACUAAACAGCAGAGAGCGAAACAAUUUAUGUGAAAUUAUCGUAACUUAUUUUUUAAAUAAGUCUUGCAAAUUAACGAAUGAAGCUCUUUCUGUGAUUGCCGACAAGCUUAUACUAAUAUUCCAAACAGAAAAAAAAGCCACAUAUUUUGUUGAUGCUAUUCCUAAAAAGAGAUCGCGACUAAACAGGCCCGAGAUAGCCAAAGGAAAAUUGGUGGAUAAGCAUAGGAACAAACUCACCGCCAUCAGACGAGCUCAACAAUUUGAAGCCAUACGGGCUCCAAGCCCUGACGUGCAGAAUGAAGAAAUUACGCAAAGUGCUAUAGACAGUAAAAUAUGGUUGCAAACUAAUCGGGAGCCAGUCAAUGACAUUCUGCACCACUGGAAAAAUUCUUUUUCUAUUAGAAAAAAUUCAAUUCAGCGACAGGAAAAUCUUACAGCCUUUUUGUCGGAAUGGUCCAUCCUGGAAAAUCAAAUAGCCAUUGAAUUGUUUGAUUUUACUCAAACUUAUACUGAACAUCAACCCAUCGAAAAUUUGGAACAACGAUUUGACGACUUCUUUAACAUUUUAGAAAAGCGAAGAAGUCGCCUAUCUGGCACAGAUCAAACAUUGUUAGACCUCCUGAAUGAUGAAACCCUUACUACUGAAAUAGACAACGCAAACAAAAAUGAUGUUUUGGUUCAAAAUGAUAGUAAUACGCCUUCAGCUCCAGAGACAACAUCCAAUAAAAGACAGACAAAAUUAGAUUUGACAAAUUAA